UUAAAUAAUAUCAAUCUGUCAUGUGUUAUUGAAUUCUUAACUUUGUUAUGGCUUUUAAUCGUCUUUUCUUGGGUGUUCGUCCUUUAUUUAACAAUGUUAAUAUAAAACGAAAUUUCAGUAAUGGUUGGAAUUAUAAAAAUUACAGAAGUAAUAAAAUCAAAAUUUUUUAUGCUGUUGGAGGCACCUGUAUUUUAGCAGGCUACUGUACAGGAAUUCUAAAAUCCAAAUUUAAUGUAGUUCAUGCGCUAAAUUUGAGAAAAGAUAAGGAUGAAGAAAAAGUUAUUAAACUAACACCUCGGGAGAGACGAUUUAUUAAAUUUGCAUCUGUUGAAUUUGAUGGGCAACUGUACAUGACACCACAAGACUUUUUAGACAGUGUAGUUGAACAAGAGCCUCGGCCAAGAUUAAAAAGAAGGAGCUUAACCGUAAACGAUGUUAAUAAAAUUAAAGAUUACACACCGCAAUUGCACCAAGGAUCUCAAAACUUAUUCAGAAGUUUGCGUGAUAAAGGAAUUAUAUCUUAUACGGAGUACCUGUUUUUGCUUUCGAUUUUAACUAAGCCUCAUUCUGGAUUUCGUAUCGCAUUCAAUAUGUUUGAUACAGAUGGGAAUCAACGCGUAGAUAAAACAGAGUUCUUAGUUAUUCGAAGAAUAUUGGGAGGAUCCAUGAAAUACCAUGAUAUAGAUGAGGCUACUCGUAAAGUUCUCUUUAACUUAUUAUCAACUGAUGAGCAAGCUAGAAACGUAAGAAAAAUUGCAGCUAAGGAAAGAGGUUUUAUGGAAAAGAUUUUUAGUGGAGCCUGGAAAGAUCGCCACGGUGAAACAGAAGAAUCGGGAGAAAAUGGCGAGCGUAAAGAAAUUGUAGAGGACAACGAAGGAUUGCAACGAAAACAUGUUGUCAACACAACUCUUCAAGUACAUUUUUUUGGAAAGAAAGGUUCAAAAGAUCUUUAUUACGAGGGAUUUCAUAAAUUCAUGGAUAAUCUACAAACUGAAGUCCUAGAAUUAGAAUUUAGUGAAUUUGCAAAAGGAAAACAAUCUAUAACUGAAGUUGAUUUUGCAAAAAUAUUAUUACGUUACACUUAUUUAGACACUGAUGAAUACGACAUGUAUUUAGAUAGGCUCUUAGACAGAGUUAAAGAUGAAAAAGGAAUUACAUUUAACGAAUUCAGAGAUUUUUGCCGUUUUCUAAAUAAUUUGGAAGAUUUUGCUAUUGCUAUGAGAAUGUAUACUUUAGCUGAUCGAUCUAUAUCUAAAGAUGAAUUUUCUCGGGCUGUCAAAAUCUGCACAGGUUAUACGCUUACUCCUCAUUUGAUAGAAACUGUGUUCGCCAUUUUCGAUGAGGAUGGUGAUGGUUUGCUUUCAUAUAAAGAAUUCAUUGCAAUUAUGAAGGAUCGUCUACAUCGAGGUUUUAAGUCUGUAACUAAAUCUGAAGGUUGGCCAGCUUUUAAAACUUGUUUAAGAAACGAAAUGCGUCAAGGUGGAAAAGUUUAAAAUGUGAUUUUCUAUAGCACAAAAAAAAAAACAUUUUAAAGCACAAAUUUAUAAAGCAGAAACCAAAUGAAAGUUUUACGUCAGCAUAAAUUACAACAUUUGUCAACUUAUCAAAGCUUAAAAAGUCUAUUUAUUAUAAUAUAUUUAAUUGAAGUAAUUUUUAAAGUUUGCCAAAGUAUUUAUAUAACUAACAUAAAUAAUAUGUAAAUUUGUAAUAUAAUUUUUUUUUAAAUAACAUUUAUUUGUUCCUUAAAAUGUUUGUUGUUGUAAACUAACUAAACUAUUAAUAAUACUAUAUAA